AUUCACGCUCUAGUCAAAAUGGCCAUCCUCAGCGCUAAGCAGGUUAACGUUGCGGCCUCGGCCCGCUCCGCCAAGGUGGUGGUGCCGAUGGUUCCCCGCGCUGCCGCCGGCCCCGUGGCCCGCGGUGUCGCGGCUCGUGUCGCUGCCGCCCCUGCGCCUGUGGUUGCUGCCAAGUCCAGCCGUCGCAGCUCCGUGGUCGUUCGCGCGACCGCUGCCCCGGUCGCCCAGGUUCGCACCGCUGAGGGCCUGCAGGUCCCCCACGGCCCCGCUGCCAAGCUGGUCAACCUGAUGGCGCCUGCCUCGGAGCACGCUGCCCUGAAGGCUGCCUGCAACAAGCGCAUCGAGCUGAGCGACCGCAACGCGUGCGACGUCGAGCUGCUGACCGUGGGCGCGUUCUCCCCCCUGGAGGGCUUCAUGAACAAGGCGGAGUACGACUCCGUCGUCGCCAACAUGCGCAUGACCAACGGCCUGCUGUUCGGUCUGCCCAUCGUGCUGGACACCGACUCGGAGGACAUCGUGCCCGGCGACAAGCUGCUGCUGACCUACCAGGGCCAGGACCUCGCGGUCAUGACCGUGGACUCCAAGUUCACCCCCAACAAGCCGCUGGAGUGCCUCAAGUGCUACGGCACCUCCUCGCUGGAGCACCCUGCCGUGCAGAUGGUGGCCAUGGAGCGCGGCAAGUACUACAUCGGCGGCCCCAUCAAGGGCCUGGCCCUGCCCACCCGCGUCUUCCCCUGCGCCUCGCCCGCCGACGUGCGCUCCACGCUGCCUGCCAACCAGGACGUGCUGGCCUUCCAGUGCCGCAACCCCAUCCACAAGGCCCACUACGAGCUGUUCAUUCGCGCGCUGGACGCGCCCAACGUGCGCAACCCCGGCGCCGUGUGCCUGGUGCACCCCACCUGCGGCCCCACCCAGGACGACGACAUCCCCGGCGUGGUCCGCUUCCGCACCUAUGAGGUGCUGAAGGAGGAGACCAAGAACCCCCGCCUGCGCUGGGCCUACCUGCCCUACUCCAUGCACAUGGCCGGCCCCCGUGAGGCCAUCCAGCACAUGAUUAUCCGCAAGAACUACGGCUGCACGCACUUCAUCAUCGGCCGCGACAUGGCCGGCUGCAAGUCGUCCAUCAGCGGACAGGACUUCUACGGCGCCUACGACGCCCAGGACCUGGCCAACAAGCACGCGGCGGAGCUGAACAUGCAGACCGUUGCCAGCCUCAACAUCGCCUACACCGAGGAGAAGGGCUACGUCACCGCAGACAUCGCCAAGGCGGAGAACCUGCACGUGCUCAACCUGAGCGGCACCAAGUUCCGCCAGAUGCUGCGCGCCGGCGACGACAUCCCCGAGUGGUUCGCCUUCAAGUCGGUGGUGGCCGUGCUGCGCGAGCAGAUCCAGAGCGAGGCCAACUAAGCGCUUGCCUGAUACUGAAGCGCCUAGUGGUGAUGGUGUCGACUGGCCAGCCCCUGGCAGGGAGCAGCAGGAGGGCCUGAAAGAAGGGGACCUGCGCAAGGGCUGCCCUGGCGAGGAGGACGCUGGCGCUGCUGUUGACGGGCUUGGCCCCGAGAUCUGGGUGUGCCGGGAAACGUGUGACCGUAGUACGUGCCGCGUGGUGUGGUGUGGUGUCGCAUGACGUUUGUUACGAGGCAGCAGGUGUGACCCAGCCGUGUGACCUUGUGUGGGUGAGUGGUUUGUUGGUGAGCAGCUGGUUUCGGGUGCAAACUGAGGCUUCUUCCCAUGGAGCUGAUGCACUAUCGAGGUGACUACUGGGGGGGGUGCGUGGUGCGCGAGGAGGUUGCCUGGCUCUUGUCGCAAUUUUCAAGGACAGCGGCGGGCUGGGCAGUGAGGCACUUUGACUGUGCUUGACGUGAUUCGUGGACGCUUGGACAAAUGUAAUUUUGGGAUGUGCUUGGCCCACCGCCUCACGCAGCACGACGAUGCGUGGGUGGGAUGAAGUGAGGAGGGAUUAGCAGCACAUGGGGGAUGGUGCAUGCGUGGCACACCGUAGGUUGACGGGGAUGCACAGGCGGCGUCCGUCAAGACUGUACCUCCAGGUACCUCCUGGCACGCGUACCCAACCCCUCAACCCUCAGAAUGCCGCAGUGGAAGCAUGGGUUCACCACUGCACAGGAGAGACAUGCCCUUUGCCUGGCCUUUGGAAAUCUCCGCUGCACCACCUCGCAGCACCUAGUCUCACGCCAUGCAAGCUUUGUGGCACAUAUGCGCCCUGUAGACAGCCCCGCUCCAGUACCACCGAAGACGAC